CACGCUGCAGAGGAUGAAGUCUGCCGCAGGCGGCGCUGCUGAUCCUCCAUCAUCAGCAUCAUCAGACAAUAACGCAGGAAGGAGGAGGCAGCAGCAGCAUCGGGCUCCCUCACCGGCUGCAGCCCAGGAACGGGCCACCAAGCGAGCCUCCGGACACCCAGGCAAGUGCAGGUCGUCACUCGCCGCGCGAAGGGGCAGCGACAUCGGGGUGAAGGAGAGCCCGAGGGCCGCUGACGGGAGGAAGAGGGAGCCCGAGAGCCGCGGCUCGGCAGCUGUUCAGCCCGAUGGUGCUGAAGCUGGUGGAGUGAGACCAAAUAGGGCGGAUGCCUUCGAAGAAGAUCCGGCACAUCCUCCAUCACCGGCCCGUCGCGCCGCUUUACACCCACCCCGCGUUAAAGGCGACUCCGGACCGAGUUUACUGUCGUCUGUCUACCCGGAGAAAGUGAGACCGGCAGACAGGGGCAUCCACCACCGGGGGAGAGGCGGCUUGUCAGGCCUCGGUUCGGUUUUGUUGAGAGGAGGAUGCUUACAGGCUGAGCUGAUCCACUUCCAUCUGCACAAGAAACUCAAGAGAAGCGGUGCAAGGAUGCAAACCAAGGCGGACAAGGCUGGGAUGGAGGAGGCCGCUCAGGGAGAGCCGGAGCCGGCUGCGGAGGCCACAGAGGCGGGGUCCGUGACACAGCAGGAUGACCAGGCCUUCCUGGACGAGAUGGAGAGGCUGCUGGAGGAAAACGACGAUCUCAAGUGUGAGAUUGAGGAGAUGAGGACCGAGAUGGACGAGAUGAGGGACACGUUCUACGAAGAGGACACUUGUCAGCUGCAGGAGAUGAGACGUGAGCUCGAGAGAGCCAAUAAAAACUGCCGGAUCCUGCAGUAUCGCCUGAGGAAGGCCGAGAGGAAGAGGCUGCGCUACGCCCAGACGGGAGAGAUUGAUGAGGAGCUGCUCAGGAGUCUGGAGCAGGACCUGAAGGUGGCGAAGGAUGUGUCCGUGAGGCUGCACCACGAGCUGGAGAAGGUGGAGGAGAAGCGCACCAAGACGGAAGAGGAGAAUGAAAAACUGAGGCAAAAACUCAUAGAGGUUGAGGUGACCAAACAAGCUCUGCAGAAUGAACUUGAAAAAAACAAGGAGUCUCAGAAGAGAAGAGGAAGCAAAGACGUCCUGAAGACGGAUAAGAAAGCAGCACAAACUCCUACUGAGGAGGACAACGAGGACCUCAAGUGCCAGCUAGCGUUCAUCAAAGAGGAGGCCGUAAUCAUGAGGAAGAAGACGGCCACGAUCGACAAAGAGAAGGACCAACUGGAGCAAGAGCUGCAGAAGUACCGCUCCUUCUACGGAGAACUGGACAGCACCCAUCCCAAGGGAGAGGCUGGGGGCCCACCCACCACCCGCGAGUCAGAACUGAAGCUACGGCUCCGCCUGGUAGAAGAGGAGGCCAACAUCCUUGGGAGGCAUGUAUUAGGAAACACAACAGGUGGAGAGAUAACAGCAAUGAUCCAUGGGGCUUCAAACUGGAAGGAAUUCUGA